AUGGAUCCUGUCGAGAUGGCCGAGCGUGAUGCUCUUGUCGUUCGUCAGGCUCCAGGAUCGAAUGUUUGCCCAUUCAACCCAGACCACAGAGGUGCUGUGCCAUUCAACCCCAAAUACCCAUACUGCGGUGCUCAGAAUGGUGCUCCGGGCUUUCAAAUCUGCGCCAACAACCGGGUGCCUGCUAGGGGAGACACCGCACACGCCUACCAGGCACCAGGCCCGAAUGACAUUCGUGGACCAUGCCCUGGUCUGAACACUGCCGCCAACCACGGUUUCUUGAGCCGUGACGGUAUCGUGACAUUUGCCGAGCUCACCGACGCCCAGCAGAACGUGUACGGCGUGGGCUACGAUUUGGCCGUUUUGCUCGCCGUCCUUGGUGUCGGCCUCGAUGGCGACCCAAUCACGACAAAGCUUUCUCUGGGAUGCGAUGCCACCUCUCGUACCGCUACUCCUGGCCUUGGUCCCGAAGGUGGUCUGAGCACGCACAACAAGUUUGAGGGAGACACUUCUUUGACCAGAAACGACUUCUACCUUGCCAAUGGAGACAACUUCCGCUUCAACCGAACUCUUUACAACAUGAUGUCCCAGACUACCGGCGGCGAGAACAUUGCUCUGUACCGAUUCCAGAGAUAUCAGCAAUCUCUGAACGAGAACGGCAACUUCUACUUCGGUCCCAAGUCCGUUCUGCUCUUUGGUGCUGCAUCCUUCUUGUACGAGCUGUUCCCCAGCUUCGGCGGAUUCGGCACUCCUGACCAAACAACAAUGGACUUCUUCUUCAUCAAGGAGCAACUCCCACCCAACUGGUUCUCCCGCGUAGACCCCUACACCAUCCCCCUCAUCGCCGCCGAAAUUGCCGCUCAGUACUUCUUGCACCCAGUCGCCUUUGGCGGUAACACCGGCAAACCCAACACUUUCGUCGGCGUCGGCACGCAAGGCCCUUACAUCAGCAACAACACUAUCCCCGGUUCACCAGCUGGUGUCGCGUGCUUGUUGUACCAAAUCGCGACCGAGAACAUCCCAUCUGCUAUCGGAGGUGGAGGUGCUGCGAAUGAUGCUAUUCCGGCUUCGAGCUUGAACUUUAUGAGGAAUACUUUGAACCCUCUCUUUACCAACUCGUCGCUGUCUGGCGCUGCUGCAUUCGGAUGCCCGAUUGUUACUGGUACUGCUUCGUAG